GUUUGCAGUCUCGCGCGCGCAUCCAAACUCCAGAGUCCUCUUCUGCCUCGCGACCCCUCCACUUCAGCACCACACACACACACCGCCCGCCAGCUACCACGAACCAUGGAUUUCAGUGGUGAACUCGACGACUUCUCCCUGCAGCUCAUCAGCGACCAGCUUCUCGGCGGCGAGGCUUGCCUCCCCGUCGUUCCGAACGCCGCGGCGUACACUGCGUCGUCCGUUCAUUAUCAUCAUCCCACGCAAGCGGCGUUCUUGCAGCAGCCAGCACAGCAGGUUGCGUACGUCGACCUGACGAACGAGUACGCCGCGGAUGCCACUGCCUGCGACUGCGAGGCGGCCUUCCGGGCGGCGGAGCCGGUGAUGAUUCGGUUCGGGGGCGACCCUUCGCCGGUGUCGGACUCGGACCCCAGCCGGCGGCCGCUGCUGCUCACGGUCUCCCUUCCUCCUCCGGCCUCGCACGCCUGGGGCCCGGCGGCCGCCGUGCCACUGCCACUGGAGGCCGCGGCGGCGGCCCUGGACGCGAACGACUUCCGCAAGUACCGCGGCGUGCGGCAGCGGCCGUGGGGCAAGUUCGCGGCGGAGAUCCGCGACCCCAAGAGGCGGGGGUCCCGCGUGUGGCUCGGCACCUACGACACCGCCGUCGACGCCGCGCGCGCCUACGACCGCGCCGCGUUCCGCAUGCGCGGGGCCAAGGCCAUCCUCAACUUCCCCAACGAGGUGGGCUCCCGCGGCGCGGACUUCCUCGCGCCGCCGCCGCCGCCCGUCGCGGCCGCGGCCACGUCGUCGUCGUCCCAGAACAAACGGAAGCUGCGCGACGCCGAGGCCACAGCCGGCGGGGCCGCCGAGCCAGCAGCAGCCAGUAAGUCCGUCAAGGCGGCUGAGGCGUCCGGAUCGCCGGCGCCGCCGUCGCUGUCCCCCGCGACAACGACAACGACAACGACCACCACGGCGGCCUCGACGGUGACGACGUGCUGCUCUCCCUCGUCGGGGUCUGCUGCAGCAGCACACGAGGUGUUUCCCAUGACGCCGUCGAGCUGGACGUGGGAGCAGCUGGAGGGCGUGUUCGGGAGCCUGUCGCCGCUCUCGACGACACACCCGCAGCUCGGCUUCCCAGAGGUCACCGUUAAUUGAGCGGUUACCGGACGUUAAUAUCACUGUUAGCGGUUUUUUAGUUACAUGUGUGUGUAUGUGUACAGAUCGAACGAAAGGACGACGUGAUAGGGUAUUUCUUAGCGUAUACGUGUCGGUGAACUCUGUGCUACAAAGCUAAGCAUCGACAUAGCUAGAUCAUGACGGUAUAUAGACGUGAAAAAUGCAUACAUACAUGUAUAUACAUGGGUGCAAUUAGAUCAGAAACGGCAGUACGUAUAAGAUUUUGUGCA